AUGCACGUCGGACUGAUGGCAUUGAGGCGAAGAGUGAUGAUCGAAGCGGACACCGCAGCGAGUGCCGCAGGAAACAAAGGUUUUAGCCAAAAGGAACUUUUUCGACUGCUGAAGGCCUGGACAUUGCUGCACCCUGAAGAAGGUUACUGCCAAGGUCAAGCGCCAGUCGCUGCAACCUUGCUGAUGCAGAUGCCGGUCGAGGAAGCUUUUUACUGCUUUAUUCAGAUUUGUGAAAAGUACCUUCCCGGAUACUACAGCCCUGGGCUGAAAGCGAUUCAGAUGGACGGCGAUAUUCUCUUCAGCCUUCUCAGACGACAUUCCUAUUCCACAUACAGACAUUUGAAGAAGCAAAACGUUGACCCAGUGUUUUACAUGGUAGAGUGGUUUAUGUGCAUAUUCUGUCGCACCCUGCCUUGGCCGACGGUGCUUCGUGUGUGGGAUAUGUUUUUCUGUGAAGGUUAGUU